AUGAUGGAUGAAUUGUGUACAGCAGGCAGUAUUCUUGAUAGGGCUAUUGAAGCAGAGGACAGGAAGCAUGGAGACUUUCUGAGGCUGGAACACAUUGAGGGGUACCUUGAACUGUCGGCCAAGACGAAGUCUUUUUUUACUACAGUUGUUGCUUUGUGGGAUGCGGAUUUCUAUGUUAAAUAUAGCUUGCUCCUGUGGAAGGCCUGA